GCUGGGGAUGUUUACGAUGAUCUGUUCUACACUGACACCGAUGACAUGAGGUGGGUGAAGGUACCAGCCACCGGCGAUGUCCCGGGAGGACGCGCAUCCCACUCUGCAGCCGUGUUCAAAGACAUUUUUGGUGGAAUAGGUCCAGACGGGGCACUCGGUACCACAUACAAGUAUCACGUAGGUAGGGAGCAGUGGACGCUCCUACAGUUGGAUUCCCCUCUGCCUGCUGGGAGACUGGACCAGGCCACGUGCGUCAUCCCUGGGCAUGCUGGCGAGAGCGGGGAUGGGGAAGCUGUCACCUGGGAGGACCAAGCGGGUGACACAGCUGAGCCUCUGCGGAAGAGCCGAGAUGAGGAGGGGUGUGCUGAAGACACAGCCGUGCAUCUGCUGGUUGUGUUUGGUGGGAUGGACACACAGGGGAAGGUACACAGGGACUGCGCUGUUAGCCUGAUCAAAUAG